CAACCUGUUGCAUGUGCUUUCCAAGAAGAAGAAACGAAAGCUCAGAUGGGUGUGUAUCGCUACUAAAAAUACGAGUUUUGUUUUUAAAUUAGGUAAGAUAUUUUUACUAGUCAAAUGUGAUCGAAGUAAAAUUGUUUAACUGAUCAAGUCUUUGGGUUUGGAUAAACUCCCACAAGUUACGGGAGAAGAUUGGUUAUGUGGUACAGGAAGGUUUGGCAUCACUAGUCCUGCCAAGCAGCAUUCACCACGGCGGGGGAAAUUAGACCCAUUGUGUGCAGGGUGGUUAUCUACCUACAGCGGGAUAUGUCAGGGGAGAGCUGCCUGCACCAGCUUCAACCACAAACCGGGCCCAUCGUGUCAGUGUCCUCCGUGGCCUGUCCCAAGACAAAAACUUGCACCUAUCGUGGAGUGACCGGCAGCAAAUACGUGCAGCUCAAUGUCGGUGGAAAUUUGUACUAUUCCACUCUUCAAGUGCUCACCCGGCAGGACACCCUGCUGAGGUCCAUGUUUAGCGGCAAGAUGGAGGUACUCACUGAUAAGGAAGGUUGGAUUCUAAUCGAUCGCUGUGGGAAACACUUUGGUUCAAUUCUCAGCUAUCUCCGUGAUGGAUUAGUGACUUUGCCCAAAAGCAGACAAAGUAUCAUGGAGCUCCAGGCGGAGGCCAAGUAUUACCAGAUCAAGGGGUUGAUAGACUUGUGCCAGAGGGCCCUGCAGGAUAAUAAAGAAAAAGCACUGUGUGUUAUCCCAGUCAUAACAUCUCCUAAAGAGGAGGAGAGACUUGUACAAGGCUGUAAGAGACCAGUCGUGAAACUACUCUACAACCGAGGGAACAACAAAUAUUCCUAUACAAGCAACUCGGAUGACAACUUACUCAAGAACAUUGAGUUGUUCGAGAAGCUGUCACUGAGCUACAGCGGUCGUGUACUCUUCAUCAAAGAUGUUAUUGGAGACGAGAUCUGCUGCUGGUCCUUUUACGGUCAGGGUCGCAAGCUAGCGGAAGUCUGCUGCACAUCUAUCGUUUAUGCUACUGAGAAGAAACAGACAAAGGUUGAGUUUCCAGAGGCACGGAUCUACGAGGAGACGCUAAAUGCAUUGCUUUACGAGACUCUUCCGGUCCCAGAUAACUCUCUGUUGGAGGCCACUCGCAGACGUAACAAAUGUUGCUCGCACAGUGAAGAGGAGGAGGCUGUGGAGCUGAGGGAGCGUGUGCGUCGAAUUCACAUCAAAAGAUACAGUACUUAUGAUGACAGACCACUUGGACAUUAGCCUGUAAAUUGAGGCUUCCUGUGUGUAAAUAUAGGGAACACUAAGAUACCCGCACAAAUCACUGAGAGAACAUAUCACCACUUUAUAAUUAUUUACCGAAAGAGGUAAAACUGCAAGAGGAAGCUUGACAAUCUAUGGUUUUGAUGAAAUGCUAUCUUGAGAGUUUUUAUAUUAAUGUGAAGAUAACAAACGGUUGACUUAGCAUUGCUGUCAGUUCUUUCAUUUAAUUUACCUCAUCUUUUUAUGCUUAUUUUUUAGAGGAAAACACUUUAGAAAUGACUUAACCUAAUCAAAGAACUUUUACAUUUCAUAACGUUUUGCCAAAAUGAAUCUGUGAAAUUAAUUAGUGUUUCUAGUAACCUAGAAACUAGAUUUAUACCUUAUGCCUUGCUGAAUCACUUAUACUGUGAUUUAAAAUUAAAUGGAUUGUAUAUGAAAUUGAUUUGAUAAAAUUUAGUUAUGCGUAAUAAGUGAUAAUGACUACAAAUGUUCGAAUUAAAUUGACUUGAAAUUUUA